CCAUCAACCAUACCCUAAAUCACACAAACAUUCAACCAUCUCUCUUGUCCUUUCGAGUUUUUCGAACCCAAGAAAACCCUAAAAAAGAUGGCAAACGGGCAAAUGAGAUCCGUGGCGUCGCUUCUUAUGGUCUUGAACUUCUGUAUGUACGUUAUUCUUCUUGGCAUCGGUGGUUGGGCCAUGAAUCGAGCCAUCGACCAUGGUUUCAUCAUUGGUCCAGGGUUUGAUUUACCGGCUCAUUUUUCGCCAAUUUACUUCCCGAUGGGAAAUGCAUCCACGGGAUUCUUUGUAACUUUUGCAUUGAUCGCGGGUGUUGUUGGCGUUGCAUCGAUUUUAGCUGGAUUUGAUCAUUAUCGCUCCUGGAGUUCUAACAGCAGGCCUGCGGCAGUAUCAUCUGCUAUUAUUGCUUGGUCCCUUACUGUCCUAGCCAUGGGAUUUGCAUGGAAGGAAAUCGAGCUCGAAGGCAGAAACGCCCGUUUGAGAACAAUGGAGGCAUUCACAAUUAUCCUUUCGGCAACUCAACUCAUCUACGUAGCUGCCCUUCACGGGUAAACGACACAAUGGUUUCGAGGGGUUGCAACGAAUCAGGGUGUCGAAGAGCGUUCACGUCUAUAAAUUUGUGCUUAAAUUUAUUCUUAUUUUCUCAUAAUUCUUCACUUUUUUUGUAUUUUUUCUUCACAUUUUUACUCUAAGGGAUUUGAUACGAUUGUGUUUAUUAUGAAAUAUAAGAAGAUUGUAAUAAAUGUCUAUUUUC